AUGCCGUCUAAUACCUCCGACAUUGGUGCUCAGGCUCCCAACUCAUCCACCCCGGGACCUGCGCGCCGAGUGAUCACCAGAGUUCCCGUUGACCAACUCUCUUCUGCUAUUCCGUAUCCUUCCACCAUCAACACCGCCAAGAUCCCGCCCCCUCGUGCCCCCAUCGCCACCACGUUUGGCGUUAACCAGCACUACCGGGCCAGAGCAGGAGAUAAUGUCCAGCCUUCCAUGAAUCCAAUGCCAGAAAUACAUGGCCUAGAGGAUGCACAUUUCCACAUGAUUGGAGACCCUGUUUAUGUGCGUCGCGUGUACUCAGAUGGACGCUCCUCCGCCUGGAUGUCGGGGAUCGUUGAAAAUCCCGCAUUUCAAAAAGACCCGACAACCCAGGGUGAUACCGACAUCCGUGUCUACUCCGUCGUCAUCAAUGACAGCACAGCGCCACCGAGGAAGAACGGUCACCGCCGCACUUACUGCCCUGAGAAGGGCGAAAUACGUGCCGUCCCCAAUAACGACAUCAAAGGCAGCAAGGACACUUGGCUCUUCCUAAUCAAACCUUCCGGCAGUAGCCAGGGCAUCUGGACACCCGGAACGGUUGUCAAUCUCGGGGAUGUCAAAGGUUAUCUUGUCAAAGUUUGCGCGGGAAAGGAGAACGAGAAAGAGUUUGAUAAUGUCGAGAGAUUCCUGCCAUUGCACGCGAAAUCACUCAAGUACCUCAAAAAAAAGCACGAGGUGAUCGAUUUCGAUGCUGUAGCCAAAAUAUUGGGGAUUGACUGGAGGGCGUAA